UAGAUUAUAUUAACCUGUACUUUGCUUUGGACACUUUGUAGACUGUUUUUUUUUGCCGAUGGCCCUUUACAUCAAUGUGUUUUUCAAUCAAAUGAACGGUAUUGCAUAGUGGUUUGGACGUUUAAGCAAAAAGUUGAGGUUAAGGUUAUACAAUAAGCAAGCCCCAUGGAUAUUAAAAAUAUUUGCUGUUUCGCCUUGCUUUCGGUAUUAGCUCUUGCGUUCGAUAUUGUGGCAAUUGGCACAAAAUCAUGGGCUGUCACUGAAGGACCGUCUAAAGUUGGACUCUUUCUUAUUUGCAUUGACCGGCGUUGCGCCUCAGUUUUAGGCAGGCCGAUUCAGUUCUUUGUGCCCCUCAAGGCAGUUACAAUUCUUUUAAUUAUUUCGUUACUCGGAAUUAUAAUAUCAGUGGCGUUGGCAUUAUGUAGUCUUUUGAAAUAUAUCCCGAAGUUGUUGACAACUGCAAGCAUUUUGUUAUUACUGUCAGGUUUCUCAGCUCUAUGUGGAACGGCUAUAUUCACUGUUGGAAUGUACAUUGCAAGAAAUGAUGUUUUUAUGAACGCCAUAUUUGGAAAUUCAAAAUUUGGAUUUAGCUUUGCAUUUGCCUGGGCAUGCAGUGGCAUAGCUAUAGUGGGUGGUAUAUUCGGAUUACUGAUCCACAAAGCAAAAUGUAAAGAACGAACAGACACCGUACGUUAAUUUUGAUAUUGAGCUUUCAAAAUCACUGGAGAAACGUCGGCCUUCCCCCAUACCACCAUAUUAUCAACAGCUGGGAUUUGAAGAACAAUUAACUCUACUAAAUAAGCAAUAG